AUGUCUUCAAUACUUGCUGAGGAAGAAAUCAUUCUCAUUGAAUCUGGUGAUGAACAGGAAGAGACUUCAUCUUCAAAUUCAGCCUACUCCUCUGAAGAAGAAGAAGAGGAUGAUCAACAGCUGCAGAACAAUUCAGGCAAACAAUUGACUCGUAAAACUCUUCCAAUGGAAAGUUCUCCAACUGUUCAUGAUACAUCUCAAUUUGAGAAGGAAUUGAAAUCAAAGAAGAAUAACUUUCUCUCUCGAUAUAUUCAUAAAGCUAAUAGUUCAACUGAUGUGGUUAGUGGUGCUGGUGGUGCAACAACUUUUCAAAAGAAAAAGAAUAAGAAACAAGGUAACAAGUCAACUGCAACACUAGAAACUAAAACGAGUAGAGACAGUGUUCAAUUGACUAAAUUCAAGAUUGAUGAUGAGGAUAUUAUUGAUUUUGGUAAACCAUUGACAAGUAAUACUACAUCUGCCAAUAUUAACAUUCAAUCAAAGAAUAAUGUCGAAGAUGAAAGUGAAGAUGAGCAAGAACAAGAUGGAGAAGAUCUUAGAAGACAUGCAAUUAGUUCUAGAGAUGAUGAUUUGAUUAAACUGGAAGAUGUUUAUCAAGAUUCGAAUGUUCAACAGCCUCCACCACCUCCAAUGCUGGUUUCUAAUAGUAAUCCUACGAACGAAAGUGAAGUGAAAAUUGAAGAAACAGCCACAACUCAUGAAGAGCCAAUCAAGUUGGAAAUUAAGAAGGAAUUGAGUUUCUACCAGAAAUGGUUUGGUUUCUAUAAGAAUGAUGAGGGAGAAACCAAAACUGAACCAGAAGAAUCUCCUCGACCAUCUUCUGCUAUUGUAGAAGUCACCAAAACAGCUGAACAAUAUCCAGUUUACAAAAUCGCCAUUCUAGGUGAAGAUUUAUCAGAUUCUCUCAUUGCAGCUGAAUUCUUGCAAGAAGAAGUCAAAAGGUCAACCAACUCUGACGAAACCGUUAUGAAGAAACAAUUCGAUUUUGGUGGAAAACCCUACCAAUUAGAACUCUUCUUUUAUGACAUCUAUGAGCAAUUUGUCAACAUGAUGGAUCAAUGUCUCAAAGAAUGUGAUGGUUUUCUCAUAGUUUACAAUGUUGCAAGUCGUAGAAGUUUCCAACAAGUUGACAUUCUAUACGAAAAGCUUUAUAGAGCUAAAGAGGGAGGUACCAUUUCAAUGGUUCUUGUUGGAAUUGAGUAUAGUAAUAAGAGUAAUGCUGGUUCACCACCUUCCACAACAAGUCUCCUAUUACAACAACAACAGAAUUCAACCACAACACCAAUCACUAAUCAACCAUCUCCAUUGACAGCUACAAGUUUAAUGAAUCUCAAGAGUUCAACAAGUACAAGUGGUCAAUUGAUGCAAGACAAUGCCGAUCUAUCCGAUUCCUCAAGAAAAGCCUCAAUUGUUUCACUUUCCAGUGCCACCAAAUACUGGAAUAAUAACAAUAAUUCAACAACCAUCCUAUCAAACACAACCAACAACAAACAUCACUCAACCUCACUUCGAUCCAAUUCCUCAUCCUCCUCCAUCUUUGUAACUUCUCAAAAUGGUAAAGAAAGACAAGUUUCCAAACGUGAAGGAUUAAAAAAAUCACUCUACUAUUACGUUCCAUUCAUUGAAAUGAAUAGUGAUGAACCAAAAAGUUUAAUUCAACAAAAAGUUAAGGAAAUUUUUCAUGACUUGUUGAGAGAAAUUGUUCAAGGAGGUAAUUUGAGGUAUAGUGCAGUGAAACCACAACAAUUGACUAAUGCACAAUAUUUGACAGGUCAAUUGGGGAGUAGUUGGAGUGGAUCUGAGAAGAGUGGUGAGCAAGCAGUCAUAAUUGAAAAUUACAUUCCACCAAAUCAAGAUUCGUAUAAUAUUGUGAUGAAUUCUGUCAAGGCACUUUUUACUAAUUUGAAUGUUCAUGGUUAUUGUUUGAAUACACCAAUUAAUGAUGAAAGGGAACUUGCACAAGUUGAAUUCCUAGUCGAUCAUUUUGAAUCUUAUCAAGUCACUUGUCCAGUUAUUGAAAUUUGUUUGAAAAGAUUUGAUUUUAGAAAUGUCAAACUCAAACUCAAACAAAAAGUAACUCCACACAAUGAACAACAAAUUCUCUCCUUCCUAUUUGACAUUCCACUCAAAAAGAAGAAUAUUCUCCAAAUGAUGUUUACAAAAAGUGAUGAAAAUUAUCAGAGGGAAAUUAAUGAGAGAUUGAUUUUUGCAAUUUUCAUUGCUACAUUUGCUAAACAAUUAUAUUCUGAACAGAAUCAACAGUUAUAUGAUGGAACUUUUAUGGUUUCUUUGGAGGAUGAAUGGAAUUUCAUUUUAAAUUUGAAGAAUUUAUUCGAAAGUGUGAAAAAGAAAGUGAAAGAAUAUGCAAGUUUGGAAGAAUUGGUUGAAGAUCAAGUAAUUAGAAUGGUAGAUUGGAUGGAGAAGAAGAUUCAUCUCAAGAGAGGAAAUGAAGUUGAAAUGUUAAUGAAAUUCCUUCUCCAACAUGUCACUUCCCCAAUUGACUGUUAUGGUUUUGAGAGAAGAAUUAGACCUCAUGUACUUGGUAAUAGAUAUCUAAUUCUGAAGAGAAUUUUCUCCAAUCACCACUCUAAAAUUUACAAAUCUGUCAAAGUCAAGACAAGCUCACUCUGUGCUUUGAAACAUUUGACAAAUUUCACAAAAUCAGAUUUAACAGAAGUUGGUAAAGGUGUCGAGUCCAUGAUACUAUUUCCAAAACAUCCAAAUGUCAUGACAUUCUCUGAUUAUACCAUUAGAAGAUGUAGAUCUGAACGAUUUGAAAUUUUCAUUGAACUUCCCUAUAUGAAUGGUUCCAAUUUGGAGAAGAGAGUUGAAUUUAUGAUUAGAAAUCAUCGAUUCAUGAAUUAUUUAGAGUUGAUUGAUGUUUGUUUGCAGUCAACGAAAGGUCUUUCACAUUUGCAUCAGAAUUCGAUUGUUUUUCCUUCAUUGAAAUUGGAAAAGAUUUUGAUGAAUUAUAAUGAAGAGAAAGAUUCAAGUUUUAGAUCGACUCAGUCGUGUGUAACACCUGCUGGUAGUGAUUUUAAGGCUGAUUUGUUAUUGUUUGAUAAUAGUGUUUCGAAUAGUUUGUCAGAAGCAAAGCAACAAGAAUUGAAAUCAGUAAUUAUUAAGGCAUUUGAUGAGAAUGAUACAUUAUUGGGUGAUCAACACAAGUCAAAUCUCAAUGUGAAACUCACUGAUUGGUUUAAACCUUGGGAUUUUUCAAUCCUUGAUGGAACUGUCCAAUUUAAAAACAGACAAGUGAUGGAACAAUAUCACAACAAGCAACACUCAAAUGAAUGGUCUACUAUUAGAUCUACAACACCAACAUCAACCACUUCAAGUACUAAUCAUUCUACUUUAAGAAAACAAAUGGUAUUGCGUGAAAUAAUGUCAUCCAAUGUCAAUAAUCAAGAAAAGUUAAAUUUUGAUGGUGAUAUUGAAAGAUAUUUGGAUGAGAAGGAUGAUAUUUUCAGAUUGGGAUGUGUUUUUUAUCAACUCAUUACAAAGGAAUCAUUUAUUAGGUUGUCUAAUUUGCAUCAACAUGGUGAAAGUUCAGAUAAUUCAACAGUUUCGUCUCCAACCUCAACUACAACUGUAAUAAUUAAGAAGGAAGUUGACCAUCAAGAAUUGCUGAAUGGUACUGGACAAACAGAUGGUAUUGCAUCUUCUUCUAAUACUACUGUUGGAAAUAAUUUAGAAAGUGCAACUAUUCAAACCAAUGCAACAAAUUUCGAAUAUGUUUCGAUUGAGGAAGCAAUCUCAAGAGAUGAAAAACUCACUCAUCAAAUCAUGGCUUCCAAAAUUCACAUGAGUUUAUUGAAGAGUGAAGCUAUUCCUCACUUAAUCUCUCCAAGACUUCAUAAUCCUUCCAACAAUUCUUCCAUUAAUCACCAUUCGGAUGGUUUCGUCAAAAUUUCAAGCUCUGAAACAAGUUCUCCAAUGUCUGCUUCCUCUCUCUUGGCUUCUCCUCCAAGCUCUGAAAGAAUCAACCCUUCCUCCUCAACUCCAUUCAAUGCAUCCAAUGAAACUUCCUUAAAUACUACACCAAAUAUGGAAAAGUUAAAAAAAUCCUUUUACUACUGUUCACAUCAAAAUGAACAACUCUUAAUUGGUCUCCUCCAACAAAUGACAAGACUGAAUCCUAACCAAAGACCUUCCCUAAAAAAGAUUAUUCUCAUUUUAGAAGUCUUGUUGAAAUAUAACCAAAUUGACCAAGACAUUUGUGAAACUCUCCUAUCCAAAUAA